AUGGAACCUCCUGCUCGAACGUCUUGUUCCGGCAACUGCCUCGUCCAUCUCCACUCAGCUGCCGGCGAAGCCUGGUUGCAGUGGCACUCCUGCCCUUUCCAGCAACAUGUUGGCCGCGACGGCAUUACCCGCUACCGGAUCCCCACAGGCAAUAACGAUGCAACAUUCCUUUCCGCCAAAGAAAUCUACACAUCUCAUUUCCAGAGCCAGAUAGCCGCCUACGAAAGCCUCUACGGACAACGAGUCCAAAACAUUGCCGCCGUAAUCCCCGCCUGCAUCAACCCCCGCAAGUAUCAAUCAAAACUCUCCACCAUCGCCGCCGCCGCAGGAGUUCGCAUUGUCCAGUCCAUCCAAAGGUCGGUUCUCGCCGCAUCUGCUUACAGACCUCUCAGUACCUCCGGACGCAGAACCGUCCUCGUAUUCGAACUCGGAGGUCGAUUCCUUGAAAUCUCUCUGCUCACUGAAGAUCGGGGUCGGGGUCUAAAUAUAAUGGCCGCUGUUUCUGAUUUGGGCUGCCCACUCUUGAACCACAUGGUUUCAGAGGUUCCUUGGAUUUACAACGGCGACCUCGAAUGUGACGCCGCCUUUCUCAGUUACAUGCAAACGGAAUGCGAGCGCGCCAAGGACGCCCUAUGUUUGGGCUUGGCUACCGUGGAGUUUAAGAUUGAGAUACCAGGCAAGGAGACGAGAAAGUCGAUCGAUCGGAAAUGGUUAGUGCAGAUGAAUCUCAACCAUCUUCGCAGCGGAAUCAUGAGGUGCUUGACGGAAGCCGGAGUCAGGAAAGAAGACGUAGAUGAGGUCGUGCUCGCCGGUCCUUCCAGUAACAUACCGGAGGUCCGAGGAGUUCUUCUUGAGUUCUUUCAAGAGACGAAGUUCAGAUGUAGCAUCGACCCUGCAAGUCUUAUGUUCUUGAGUUCCCAGAGUUGGUCGAAUAAUAUCUGUAGUACAUUAAAUAUCCCUGUGACAAUUUUUGAGGGUUUAAAUUUGGGGCUGCAAGCUCUUUGA